AUGACUGAUGCUGUACUAGCUCGAGUUUAUCACCAAGCUGACUUGGAGGUUUUGGCUGAAGAAGCAUCAAUUCCAAUUGUGAAUGGGCUGUCUGAUAAAUAUCAUCCUAUUCAGAUCUUGGCAGAUUACCUCACAAUCCAGGAACACUAUGGCCAUCUGAAAGGACUGACCAUAUCCUGGAUUGGUGAUGGAAACAAUAUUGUGAACUCCAUCAUGAUGAGUGCUGCAAAAUUUGGAAUGCACCUACAUAUUGCAACACCAAAGGGAUAUGAACCAAACUCUUCAGUAACAGAAGCAGCUGAACAGUUUUCUAAAGAGUGUGGCACCAAGCUUCUCGUGACAAAUGAUCCUUUGGAAGCUGCCAGAGGAGCCAAUGUGUUGGUAACAGACACGUGGGUGAGCAUGGGCCAAGAGGAGGAAAAGAAGAAACGUCUUUUAGAUUUCAAAGGUUAUCAGAUCACAAUGAAGACUGCAAAACUAGCUGCUCCCAACUGGAUAUUUCUUCACUGUUUGCCAAGAAAGCCUGAAGAAGUUGAUGAUGAGGUUUUCUACUGUCCCAAAUCAUUGGUUUUCCAAGAAGCAGAAAACAGAAAGUGGACUAUCAUGGGCGUGAUGGUGUCUCUACUGACGGAUUACUCACCUCAGUUACUAAGGCCUACAUUCUAA